GUAUGAAGCAAGAUAGUAUCGGCUCCACAACAACUUCCGGUUUCGUUUCGGCAGAAGGGUUAUUAGCCGGCUUACUGUGCGAUUUUCCAAUUCUAAAAUUAGUUCAAAUUAGUUCAAAUUGAGGUAUAGCGUCGAAAGUUACUUUAAAGAUGACAUGUAUUCGCUUUGGUUGUUUUACUCUGAAGGAAAUUCAACUGGUCUGAGACCCAACGACGUUGCACUAAAAAUCUUUACGGUCCGCGUUGUUUGUCGCCCGUGAAUCAGAAACAACGCGUUGUGACUGUGUCAAGAGGUGAAGCCAUCGUGUAACUAUCGCGUUGGCUUAUGUCUGACUUCUCCACCUGGAGUUGCCAGAGAGCGGUACGACCGCGCGCGGUGGGAGGCGGGUACUAUCUUGCUGACACACGUCGUCUCUUUGGUUGCUGCCAGCCAGUCCUCUGGUGUUCACACGGGCACUACAGUGCGGCUUCACACACACGCAGAGAGGCGCACGAUGCUCGGCUGGCUGGACCCGUAACGAGACCCGCAACUUCGUGUCAAUGUGAGAUGUUUGUUGUCAUCGCGCUGCAUUUUACUUCCUGCUCCUGUGAUACGUCAACAAACCAGUGUGCCUCUUCCUCUUCGUGUUCACGCAGAGUGUGCCUCAACAACAACAACAACAACAACAACAACAGCCAAACAAUGAGAGGCAUCCUGAAGAGAAAGUUUGCCGAGGUAGAUGACAAUCCCUUCUACUCCUCCUCCUCUCCUUCGUCCUCCCUCUCCUCCCCCACCUCCUCCGAGUGGGAGUCCGAUGGGGAGAGCGGCCCCUCUGAUAACCAGGAUUUCACGCCUCACAGUCCUUCUUCACCCACCGGUUCACCCAUUCGGCCCAUCCUGAAGAGAGCCCGGCUCGCCGGCGCCCGGAGCAGCGUGCGCUUUGACCAAGUCACCGUGUUCAGUUUCCCGCGCUGCCAGGGCUUCACCAGCGUGCCCGGUCGUGGAGGCGCCACCCUGGGCAUGGCGCGGAGGCACAGCGCCCUUCAAAGAUACACACUGGCGGAGCAUGCGCUGGAGCGGCGGCACGGGCGGCGAGAGAGGCGGAGGAGAGAGAGGCUCGAGGCACUGAAACUCAAAUUGACCGCCAGCGGGGCCGUUGACCAGAGAGAGGCCGACGGGCUCACGGUGGAUCAGAUCCCAGAUGACGACACGGACGUCCACAUCGGCGACGGCGACCUGGAGGAUGGGGGUUUCCUUCAGCCGUACUCCUCCAAACAGCGGCAGGCUCUCCUCCAGGCGGCGGGGGUGAAUCGCAUAGACCGGGAUGAGAAGAGGCAGCUCCAUGCCCUGCGUGUCUCCAGGGAGGCCUGCGGAUGUGACUGCCGAGGCUUUUGUGAGCCAGAGACCUGCGCGUGCAGCCUGGCAGGAAUCAAGUGCCAGGUGGACCGCUUCAACUUCCCAUGUGGCUGCACCAAGGACGGCUGUGGAAACACUCAGGGGCGCAUCGAGUUCAACUCCAGACGUGUGCAGACUCAUUACAUCCACACCGUCAUGAAACUGGAACUGCAGAGGCGACUGCAAGAUGAAACACCAAGCCAAGAGGACCAGACAGGACUUCCAGAAGACCUUGAAGAGUAUGUGGACCAGGACCAGGACCAGGACCAGGACCAGGACCGUCCGGCGUACGGAGCCCAGGACAAGAGCUGUCCCUUUGGGUUCCCGAUGGAGGAAGACGGUCUACCUCUCACCAUGCCUGCCACGCCUUCCUUUCAUUUCCCCCCAGAGAGGUUGGUGGUGGAGGAGAACAGCUGCAGCAGCGACAUGACCGACUCCUCCUGCUCCUCCUCUGACUGCGAUGCAGGACGAUGCCUCAAUGGGAGUCAGGAUCUCCCUGACGUGGAUGGAGGGUUGUCGCGUGCCCUCAGCAUCUGCAUCUCUGAAAACAAUAACCACUCUAUGCCCAGCCAACCGAGGCACACAGGAGAACCACUAUGGCAGCACAGCGGCGGCCCUGCCACUUACAGCACGCCCGCUGGCAGUACGGGACCACUUACAGCCAACGCAUUCACAGACAAUGUGAGCCGGACCUCACAGACGGAUUACCUCGAUGAGAACGCAAACCAAGCCAGAGACUUCUUUGACAAUGACUCUCUUGAGGGCUUCCCCAACACUCCCUCCCCCACUGACUAUUUUUCAGGCAGGUACAUGGACCUGAGUCUGUCGUCCGACUCCGACAUCGAGUUCUUCGACAGUGACUACGCCUCCGGGCCGCUGCACAGCUCCUUCAAAGUACAUAGAAACCCAGACAGUUUUAGCCACCUGCAGCUGUUUAGCUCGGUUAAUUUGCCACAGUACGAGUCGAGCGCCUACCUCCUGGAGUCUCUGAUGGGCCUGACUGAGCCCAGCCCGGAGCAGGGUUACGCGGUCGGGGGCACCCGGCUGUCAUAGCUGAUUCAAGGCGUUCUAGUGACGAGAUAAUUUAAUUUAAUGUGUUUGUAAGAACAUUUCAAUGUACAGAGUAUGAAUGAUGAAAUAUUUGUUCCCUUGCUGGACAAUUUCUUUUUCUAUUUCCUAAAAAUAUGUUUGCCUUUAUUUCAGAGAAACCACACUUAAUAAUUAAUAUAUGUCUUUUUUUAUUUCCUGAACCCAUAUAAUCAUCUCUAAUAUGCUAUUUCAUUUCUUAUACUAUGGCCACCAGGGAUAUUUAAAUUUGGCCCUGAUGCUUUCUUUAGCCUCAUCGCUGCUCUCUGCAAGUUAAGUUGCUUCAAGUCAUAUUUAUUCCAAAGGUCACAAAGAUAGAGGCAAUAAAAAGUUCCCAUUUUAAAAAAGUAUAUAUAUUUUUUUUCAGGUAGAUGGCCAUGGUAUACGCAGGAUAAUCCACGAACAAGAAUGAAAAAUGUCAUUAAUCAACCCGAGUUGUGAAUUAGUUUCUACUGCCUAUCUGAUUGUGGAUUAUCCUGUAUAUGUAUUGGAAUAAUAUAAUAAACCAUUAAAAAAGUA